UGCGCCAUUUCCUUAAAUUGGGGUUUUGUUCGUCUUCGGCCGUCGCCUUCACCGUUCCAGCUCCAGGGAAAGAGAGGAGAAGGUUGCAUUAGGAAGAGAUGAAGACGAUCCUCUCAUCGGAAACCAUGGAUAUCCCCGACGGGGUGAAGAUCAAAGUGAACGCCAAAAUCAUCGAGGUCGAAGGCCCUCGGGGGAAACUUAUUCGUAAUUUCAAGCAUCUGAAUCUGGAUUUCCAGUUGAUCACCGAAGAGGAAACCGGAAAAAAGAAGCUCAAGAUCGAUGCCUGGUUUGGCUCCAGGAAAACUUCUGCUGCCAUUCGCACUGCCCUUAGCCAUGUUGAGAAUCUCAUCACUGGUGUUACCAAGGGGUAUCGUUACAAGAUGCGAUUUGUCUAUGCUCACUUUCCGAUCAAUGCUAGCAUCACCAAUACCAACAAGUCCAUCGAGAUCCGUAACUUUCUUGGCGAGAAGAAGGUGCGAAGAGUAGACAUGCUUGACGGAGUAUCUAUUGUUCGAUCUGAGAAGGUUAAGGAUGAGUUGGUCUUGGAUGGUAACGAUAUUGAGCUUGUAUCUCGGUCUGCUGCCUUGAUAAACCAGAAAUGCCAUGUGAAGAACAAAGAUAUCCGGAAGUUCCUUGAUGGUAUUUAUGUCAGCGAAAAAGGAACCGUUGUCGAAGAGGAGUGUUGACUUGAGUAGUUUUGUUCAACCAUGCUUUAGCUUUUGGUGAUAGUUUCUUCUUAUAUAUUUAUAUUUAAUUCAUAGACAAAUUAAUGAGACAAAAAACUUGAGUUAAGAAUGCUGUCCAUUUUCCAAUAUUUAUUAGUCAUUGGUGAUGUGGUGUGGUGAAGCCAUUGUUGGUUGUGGGAUGCACUUCUUGUUAUCUUAGGGCCAUUAAUUUUAAACUUAACACAUUAACUUCAUCUUAUAUUGAUGUUAAUUUAUAUUUUA